CCCCGUUUUGAGGCAUUGAAACGAGGCAGUUGCGUAAUUUGUCUUGUCAAACGCGUAAAGCGCUUGACAUCUCUGGCUGGCUGUCGUGUCGUUCUCAUUUGCGGCAUAUUGAAUGACGUGAUCUCCAGUUUAUUUCAGCAGAGGACAUGCGGUUAUUGGCAACGCUUUGUUGAGCAGGAUCCACGGCUAGAAUAAAACACCUCUAGAGAACAAGAACUGAGCGAGGCAUUGAGAGAGGACGAUUACAGUGGAUUUAAUGACACUCCAUCAAAGCAUCAAAUUCUGAUCAAAAGAGACAUGGAUGGAUACCUGCCGCCUCAGUUUCACGCAUUGUCAGACCAUAAGAAGUUUUGUCAAGACAAUUCCCUCACGAUGGACCAAGGCACGCCAUACAGCAUAAACAUGAAUGUUUUUUUACCAGACGUCACCUACCUACGGACCGGCAUGUGUAGACCUGUGAGGUCCGGGGCACCACAGAUAAAGACAGAACCUCUACAUUCAUCUUACAACUACUCCAGUUGCCACGGUUCGGUUGUGCCCGCCAUUACGCACCCAGAGUACACAAACCUCUACACCCCAGCUACGGAAACGGGUAGCAAUGUUUACGUCAAGCAUGAGACGGCAUCCCUCGAAUUCCCAGACGUUCCACUUUUUCAGCUGUUGAAUUCGGAGCUCGAGCCCAAUGGUGGCCACUCUUGCACAGAUUCCCACAAUGCCACAUGCCCUCCGAUGCCGACGUACAACGGCAUUCACACACACCCCAGCCAGAUUGCAGAACGACCACAUUGUAACAUGAGCAACAGUGGAUAUUCGCUACCUACCCAGUUCAGUCAGCAUCCUCAGAAGAGGGCGGCUUAUCUACCACCCUCCCCUCCAAACUCAGAACCGGGCAGCCCGGACAGGAGGAAAGAACUCAUACAGAACUUAUCGCCACCUCCGUCAUAUGCUGCCAGCAUGGCAUCUAAAAUGGCAGGUCUUACCCCUGGACCAGCACUUUCUGUCCAAACACAAGCAGUACCUGCCCAAUACAACCGCAGGAACAAUCCCGAUCUAGACAAAAGGAGAAUACAUCACUGUGAUGUACCAGGAUGUAAGAAGGUCUACACCAAGUCCUCACAUUUGAAGGCCCAUUUACGUACUCACACAGGCGAAAAGCCAUACAAGUGCUCAUGGGAGGGGUGCGACUGGCGAUUCGCCCGCUCUGAUGAGCUAACGCGCCACUUCAGGAAGCACACGGGGGCCAAACCUUUCCAGUGCGCCGUAUGUAGCCGUUGCUUCUCCCGAUCGGACCACCUGGCCCUCCACAUGAAAAGACACCAGAACUAGAGCCGCCUGCUCUCGUUGUUCUGACGGUGCCGCGGGAGGGCUAUCAGGACCUCGGUUGAUGAUACUAAUUAGGAUUUGGGUGUGUUGGUUAAUCUUGGGUUUUGGCAGUUCAUCAGGUACAACAGGACCAAACCCUGCCGUCGGUACGGCUCCUGUGGUCACAAAACCAGCUAAUUGAUGAGAACUUGGCUCAUUUGCCAGAUGGGACACUCUUUUGACAUGUUUGUUUGUUUGUUUGUUUCUUUGUUUGUCUGCAUACUUUGAGGUCAUCAUUUAUGACAUAACUACUUUUAAUGUGCCUUUUUUACCUUGUGCCAUGUAAAAUGUACAACAUUCAAGAACUUGUGGGCAGUUUUAAUCUUCUUUAAGGCGAUAUUCCAGAUUUAAUACAAGUUAAGAUUAAUUGACUUCAUUUGUGGCAUAAUGAUGAUCAUGUUAAACACAUAAAAAUAAGGUUGAUCUUAUGGCUAUACUAUUGAAACAUUGAGUAUAUUAACGUUUACAUGAUUGGCCCCAUUGACUUCUAUUGUAACCCAGAUAUUGGAAGCUGAAAUGAAUUAUUGUAAUGAACAGUAUGCCACAAGUUCUAUCAACUGAGUUUAACUUUUAUUGAACCCAGAAUAUUCCUGUAAAUGACUACUCAUACUUGUAUCACAAGGUAAAUCAUAAAAUGUGCUGUAGCCUUGGUUGUAGAACCAAACUGUAGAACAGUCAUGAGAAUGUGAGUCACAAUGAAUUAAUGUCUCUUAAAAGCAGCACUUGAUAAGAAACAGAGCUUCAGAAAUUUGUGCGGGAGCCGCCGGGUAAUUAGAAAAUUAAAUGUAGCUUCAGAACACCAAAGAGUUGGAUGAAGUCCAAACUAUGAUAUGUUUCGAAGAGGAUUUGCUUUAUGUAGGCAAAAUGUUUGAAAGAGCACAAUCUGAAGAUUGAUUGAACUCCUUUGUUAAUUCCUGUGUUUAACUGAAAUGCAAUAAAUGGUACAAAUGCUGUAUUUUUCCUUUCAAAAGGACAGGUCGGAUAUCGAUUACUUCCAUAGUUGUUUAUUUUCCUUACUAUGCAUUUGUUUGGGAUAAAUGAUAGCUUUAAAUGUACAUAUAACGUGUAUUUAUUUUGCACAGAUUAUUAUUAUUUUUUUUCUAUUUUAUAAAAUGUAACUCAACGCUUACAUGAAAUGUGCACGGGGUUACUGGGAAGUGGUUUUAGAAAUCUUUGUUCAAAUUAAUAGUGCUCUAAAUGGCCGCAUUAUGUGGAACAAUGUGGCAGCUGAUUGUUUACAUUAGUUGUUUUGGCUUAUGGUGUGUGUUACAUCUGUAUGUGUGGCCCCAUAAAACCUCUUAUUUUCCAUUACAGUGAUAAAAAUGUUUUCCGCCUUAUUUUUCAGAGAUUGCAAAUGCAUAACAGAAGGGACUCGUUACACAUGACAAGCUGAUGUUGCUCCUGAGAUGGAAGUAAAAUAAAUUGGGUACAUAUGGAGUUUGUUCUUAUCUGAGGUAAUGUAAUACGAGGAUCCACAAUGUUUUAUAUGUUUGAGAGAGAGAGAGGAAGAACAUAUAGCUCUAUUCUAGAUUUGUAAGUAGAAGUUCUUCAUUUGGUGACCAAAACCAAAAGAGAUCAACUCUAAUUGCUGUAAUUAAAGGUUCAAACUGCUUAAGUGUAAAAUGUUAAACACACCCAUUAAUCACUCUAAUUUGCAGCACUUAGAUGAGUACAGUUAAUGUUAAAUGCAUACAUCAUUACUGUUAUUACACAUAAUAUGGAGGCAGGUCUUUAAAGUCUUAGUCUGUCAGGUUAAACUGGAGUGUCCAGUCAUCCUGGCUCGCAUGUGAUUAGGUGAAUAAAUGGAGGUGUGGUUACAGUUGCUAAUACGGGCUGUCAGAUUUGAAAUCUCAGAGUUAGAAGUUGAUGGUAUUGAGUGGUAACACCCAAUUAAAUUGAUACUAUAAUUAUCUAGCCUGUAUACAAAUCACUGAGUAACAGUAGAAAGGCCUCAGUCAUGAAAAUAACCUGACAUUUUCACAAUGCAUUCUUUUCAUCACUAGGGUGUAUAUUAUUUUCUGAAUCAGUUCUUACAUAAGCGACCAAUUCUGAACAUGAGCAAUUCACUCCCCCACCCCAGCUUAAUAUGAGUUUAGUUGUAUAUACUGAUGUUAUUGUCCAGAAAUAAAUCACAGUUAGGCCCACACAGGAACAAAUACACCAAAAGCACCAAGUGAAUAGACUGUAUGCUGUUGUAUUGUUAAAGAAACCUCUCCAGGAUUAUAUCACAGAACUUCAGAAAUAUGUAUGCUAACAAAAACUUAAGAUGGUAUGGUGGAGAAUAUUUUAGUAUUGGUACAAUUUUUAAAUAAAAUACAAGUCAGUUACCACUUUUGACGAUGUAUUGUCCAGCGUAUGGUGUGAGUUUUAUUUGUCUGGCCUCUUUUUAGCUGAGGUUAGCAUGUUAGCUGCAUGCUAAGUCAGCACAUGUCACAUUGCGCCUCAAAGUAAAGACUCGCUGGCCAAACAGAGUGAUGCUAUUUGAUUAUUAGUGAUUGCCGGCAAGCAACUUUAAGAUUCUGUGUUAUAUAAUGCUUGUUAAACAUGCCCGGAAUCAGCCCAGCUGCUUUGUCUCUGAGGAAGAUUGUUAUCAUGAAGUCGAUGCCUUCAUGUUUCUUUGAAAAGCCUUGUGUCAAUAGGGAACUCAUUUAUUUUCUUUCAUGGAAAGGAACAAUAGUUUAAUUCACUAUUUGACCUGACAUUUAGAUGAUCUUUGCAGAUGAGAGUAUGGAUCAAACAGUAGCUCAGCUGUGAUCCUCUUUAGUGAAUGCCAUUUACUGAAAGAACUUAUAGGAUCACUGUGAUGUUGCUCUUACUCUUAAGGGAAAACUAUUGAGUUAUCACACUGAAAGCAAUAUCAGUGGAAAUGUUUCAUACGACUCCAAAAAAAAAAUAAGACUCAAAGUUUUAUUUGCCAUCCUAUGUUUAUAGUUAUAAAAAGGCCCUGAAGUUGUGUGGAUAAAUAUUCCAACAAAUCAAAAUGUUGGAGAUUUUAAAAUGACGCUCACCAAGGCUGCAUUUAGUUGAACAAAAUUAUAGUUGCCUAAUAAUGUGAAAUAUUACUACAAUUUCAAAUAACUGUCUUUUAUUUUAAUAUAUUUUAUGAAGCAUUUUAUUCCUGUGAUGGCAAAGCUGAAUUUUUAGCAGCCAUUACUUCAGUCUUCGGUGUCAUGUGAUCAUUCAAAUUAUUUGGUGCUCAAGAAACAUUUCUUUCUAUUAUCAAUGUUGAAAACAGUUGUGCUGCUUAACAUUUCUGUGAAAACCACACUGUAAAAAAUGACUGUGAUUUUAACGGUAAAAACCUGUGAAAAUGCUACAGUAAAAACCUGUUAAAUGGAAACGGUAAGUUCCUGUAAAAUUUACAGGGAAAAACUGUAAACUGACGUUCCCAGAAUUCCCGGCGUUGCUUUUAAAAUUUUGUUUGAAUUUAAUGUUUUUUCUUUGAAAUAACUAUGUUUCUUAGUUUUUUCUUAUCAGUUACGUUUAUUAGGGUUGUAUGUCACAUCUAAUGUUGUUAAAUGAAUGUUUAUUUCAGUUUAAUGAGUCUCACCAUGAUGGUGUUUAGUGCUUGUGUGAAUGACACUGUGCACCUUCUAUACAUGUUAUUAUUUAAAAGCUGCUUGUGAUGGGCUUUGGUUCAUCAUGUGACUUUCUCAUCACCACCUGCAUUUGGUGGUUAUCAGUAUAUUUCAAAGGUACAAAACAAAUUUCAGUACUUUAAUAGGUUGGUAUAUUAACAUUAUAUCAGUUAAUGAAAUCACGGUAUUUAACUAAAUUUAAGUUAAAACCGUAAAACCUAAAAUGUUGUUACCAUAUUUUUCACGGUAGAAUUCCGGCACACAGCUGCCAUUUUUUUUUUUACCGUAAGUUUUACGCAAUUUUUUUUUACAGUGCAUAAUACAUUUGUUUCAGGAGUUUUAGAAUAGGAAGAUCAAAAGAACAGCAUUUAUUUUAAAUCUUUUAUAACAUUAUAAAUGCCUUUACUGUAAUUUUUGAUCAGUUUAAUAUGCCCUGGCUGAAUCACUUUUUAUAAAAGUUUAAAUAAAAAUGAUUAAAAACACCAAAUUUUUGAAUUAUAGUGUAUAAUUUCUAUAGAGCUUAUUCAGGCAAUUAUUAUUUAAUGUGGUAGCUUUAGUACUUAUUAGCUUGUUAGGAA